UCUCGGACAAACAAUGGUGUUUUACUUUGCGAGCAGAUGUAUAACCACCGAAGGCACCUGUUUUUCCACCCAUCGGACAGCCAUCAAUUUAAGAAUUCAUACUUUGUACAAAGUACAAAGUAGCAGCCAUGUUCAUGACGUCAUGAAAAUCUAGGCUUCAACCUUCAACCUUCAGAAUAAUCCUCCAUGUGGAUGCAGUCUCUCUGGUUUUGGUAGCUCAGUCCUCAAUAUAUGCAAUCAAAUUCGUGCUAUUCAAAUGUCACCUGCAAAAAGUGGGUUCGCCCUCGUGACUCCGGCUUCGAAAGGACUGGGAUUCGCCUUUGCGCGACAGCUGCUGUCCAACACGGACCUCCCCGUUCUUGCGACUGCGCGGAGAGAUACUGGACAACUCCGUAAAGUCUUACUGGAGCAAGUCAAUGAUGAGACUGGAAAGGCGGAUGAGAGGCUAAGAGUCUUUGAAGUUGACGUGACUGAUGAGGCAACCAUACACGCCAUGGCUGCACAGAUACGAGAAGAAUUUCCACAGACUCCCCUGCGUAUUGCAAUCACCGUACCUGGCGUUCUGCAUGUGGAGAAGUCGCCGACGCAGAUUGAUGCUGCCAAUGCUCUGCACAGCUUCCAAGUCAAUGCUCUUGGUCCUAUGCUUCUGAUGAAACACUUGGCACCUUUUUUGCCAACGAAGUCAUCUGCAACCUUUGCGGACGAUUCUCUGUCGGCUCAUGUACAACGGCCGUGGAAGCUUCCAUCGCAUGCGAUCUACGCGAUGAUGGCCGCACGAGUUGGGUCCAUAUCGGACAAUUCAACUGGGGGCUGGUAUUCAUACCGUGCUAGCAAAGCAUCCGUAUUUCAGCUGACCAAAACUUUCGAUCUGUACCUGCGGUCACGGAGUAGAGACCGAGCGUUGGCGGUGGCGUUGCAUCCCGGGACAGUCCAGACUGAUUUCACGAAAGAUUACUGGGAUGGCAGGCACAUGUUGCAGCCAGAAGAAUCUGCGGUGAAGCUAUUACAGCACCUCUGUGGUAUGCAGACCGGUGACUCCGACGGGCGGGGCCGCUGUUGGGAUUGGAAGGGAGAGGAGGUUCUGCCUUGAACGAUGUGGAUGGUACAAUAGGAAGUGCAUGCCUUGGGUCUUUGUACGCCAUGUCUGGGACCGACCUUUACUUUGACAAAUUUGUUAUUUCGAUUAUCUUUCUUUCUUGUAUCGUAUGUGGAGUUGCAGUCAGUCAAGGUGUGGAGCGAGAUUCAUGAGCGCCGGUUGAGAUCUACAGCACAAUGCUUGAGAGUGGUAAGUGCUGG